GUCCGGUUUAGCGAACCGGCAACCCAACCACUGAUGAGGAGGGUUUUACCGAUACUUGCAGAAGCAGAAGAAGAAGAGAAAAUGGCUGCGACGAGCAUCGCUUCUAGGUCGUCUACCUCACUACACUCCAUCUUACGAACCGCUUCAAGAAGAAGCUUGAUCUCACCUAGACCGAGAAUCUCCGUCCCUAACCCGAACUCCUCCCCUUCGUCGCCUCUUCGUCAGACUCGAAUCGAAGCUUCUUCUCUUCCCAGGUUUCUGCGGCGAGAACUGAGCACCCAUCAACCGUUUCACAGCGUUGUCGCUGCCGCUUGCCUCGUUUCUAAACUCCCUUCUGACCUCACUUCUUAUGAAGGUAGAUUUGCUAACUAUGUCAGUCCCAUCUAAGAGGCAGCACCUGAAGUAGUAGAUGGAUGGGCCUUUUCCGCUUUGUUUGAUUUUUUCAAGAACCAUAUGUUUGAUGGAACCCUCUUACAAGUUUUGGCAGAUGUUAUUACUUCCUAUUUAGUUGGGUUCUUAUCUUAUCAAUGCAAAUGGUGAUUUCGAACAUUGUUAUUGUAAGGAAUGUAUGAUAUAACCUCUCCCGGAUACUACUUACUCUUUUCAAUUUUAGAAAAAUAAGACUGUCUGCA